AUGGAGACUUAUAAGCUUAUUCGAUUCAAUGAUCGAAACAUAAUCGAGCUAAUAUUCAUGUUUGUUUGUUUGGCAAGUAUACCUUUCACUAUUAUUGCCUUGUUCAUUGUUUUGAGAAAGUCUCCACCUCAGAUGAAGGCAUACAAGUGGAUAAUCAUCAACUUCACACUCACCACCUUCUUUACCGAUAUCAUUAUUUGUUUCCUUUACGACCCUAUCCCGCUCUUUCCUCACGUGGCAUGCUAUUCGAAAUCAUGGCUGGCUAAUGUUGAUGAGAAUGCUAACUACGUGCUACUGGUCAGUCCAUUAUCUUAAUA